AUGGGUUUUUUCGACCAUCUCCAGCAAAAGGGAAGCAUAGCUAUCCAGCCCAAACGGACCCAGAUUCGAAAAGUCGAAACGACAACAAAAUCCUCCCCUCUCCGAGCUUCGUCCGCUGCAUCAGAUCGACCAACGUCGAAGUCGACCUCUCAGCCUAAUCCUCGCCGCCAUCCCGAUCGUGCACUCCCAACCAGCAUCAAGCUCCCGCCGAAUUCCGUCCGCGCAACUUCUGUCGCUAGUGAUCCCACCCCAUCCCACCGCCAAGAUUCCACAUCUCGUUUGAGUACAAAAUCGAGAGGCCGAAAGAGACCACUGCCUAUACAAAAGCUGUUGACCAGCAGUGACGAGAGCGAUGACGAUGACGUUUCUUCGUUUGAGAUUCGCAAGCGGGCUAAAUUCAGCAUCAGCGCGGAGCCGGAUCUGCAACGUCGGAUUCGGUCGACGGUUGCGUUUUCGGAAGAUGAGAAGAAGGAGAUGAUUGAAUUUGUGCAUGCGGCUAACAUCACCUCCGUGGAUAAACGGGGACCGCUCAAGCGCGCCUUUGAAGACGACACCGUCGCUGGGGCAGUGACUUCAGCAGCAGGGCCUGUUAAGAUUCGAUUGCAAUAUCCUGGCACAUCGCAGGGGGAAGAAUACCAGCUCGUCGUUCCCCGAGAUAAAGACGGGUUUAAACCCUUGGACGACAUAGUCCAUGUAGUCGACAUCGUAUCACAAAACUACAUAGCAGAAGAAUAUAUCCAUCUUUUCACCAACGAGACCUCGGGCAUCAACCGCCGCUUCAGGCGAGCCUUAGCCCAUGCCUCCGAAACAGAGUUCAAAGAAGCAGUCGACGAGUACAACGAAACCAUCAACUUCCUCCGGACCAAUGGCUCCAUCGCCAAACACCUCGAUAAAGCCCAUACCAUAUCCCUCCCCCUAGUCGAACGAAUCCUCACCCAAACCUACGCCCGCACGGUCUCCCCCCGCGUAGAAUCCCUCCGCCAAUACGAGAACGGCACAGACAACGUCUACGGCGAACUCCUACCCCGCUUCAUCUCCGAUAUCUUCAAGCAGACCAAGCUAAAGUCCAGCCAGGUAUUUGUCGACCUAGGUUCCGGGGUUGGUAACGUCGUAUUGCAGGCCGCGUUGGAAGUUGGCUGUGAGAGCUGGGGGUGUGAAGUUAUGCAGAAUGCCUGCGACGUGGCGGAGAUGCAGGCGCGGGAAUUUGAAGCGCGCUGUCGGCUCUGGGGUCUUGCUGUCGGCGCCGUCCGGCUGAUCCGCGGCUCUUUCCUGACGCAGCAAAGUAUCAUCGAGACCCUGCAUAGAACUGAUGUGGUGCUUAUCAAUAACCAGGCUUUCACGCCGCAGCUGAAUAACGAGAUCAUCAAUCACUUUCUCUACAUGAAGGAGGGCUGUCAGAUUGUGUCGUUGAAGUCGUUUGUUCCUGCGGGCCAUCGGAUUCAGGCGCGCAAUUUGAAUUCGCCGAUUAAUCUGUUGUCGGUUCAGCAGAAGAAUUACUGGUCGGAUAGUGUUAGUUGGACGAAUGCAGGGGGUACGUAUUUCAUUGCGACCAAAGACAGCUCGAGGCUUAAGGCAUUUGUGGAGAAUCAUUGA